AUGAAGGAUGAUGAAGGACCUUUUAAUUUGGCUGUGGCUCCUCUAAAAAUCAACGGGGACAAGAAGCUCUAUGGAAAAUUUCUGCCCGUUGGAAAUGCUGAUUCUCCUGAUGUUAGGGGAAUAUCAAUGCUAGCCCGUGACUUGCAAUCAAUUGUCCUAUAUGAUCAAGAAGGAAAAUUUGCAGGAGUCCGACGGCCAAAUUCAAAGCUUCCGAUUGACAUCGAUGGUUUUAAAAUUGUUGUUAUAGAUGCAAUUGGUAGUACUGGCCUUGAUUUAAAGACUGAUCCUGGCGUGCCAAUUGUUUACGCUGGUUUUGGUGCUCUAAUGCUCACCACACGUAUCAGUUUCUUAUCACAUAGCCAGAUUUGGGCAUUACAAGAUGGAACGACGGUGGUGAUUGGAGGUAAAACAAACCAAGCCAAGGGUGAAUUUCCGGAAGAGAUGAAUUGGUUGCUCAAUCAGUUGAAAGAAAUCAGCGUUUUCGCGUUUAUUAGCUGGAGGAGACAUUCGACUAUCAAGAAUACAGGUACAUACAUAUUAUGUGUUGAUGCCAAGAACGUGAUAAGGUAA